GGUUUGGGCAGGGCUGCUGUGACGUUCUGCAUUAAAGGGAGUUUUUCUGAGCUGUGCUCACUCGUUCAGUCACAGUCAGCAGGAAGAGACGAGAAGGACAGGAAGCAGCUGGACAUUUGAAGUGACAAAAGAGAUUUGGAAAAAGUCGGUGAGAGGAGUGCAACGGAGAAGAUGACAAUUGGUAGGAACUCCAGGAAAAGCUCCGUCCGAAGCUCCAUCCGGACCCCAAAGUUUCUGGAUAAAUCCAGCGGUUUUUACGGUCGCCUGGACGAGCCUGAGACCUCCGCAGAGGUGGAGGAGGUCAGGGGGGAUGGAGUAGAAGAUGGCAGCAAAGAAUACGGAGUCGUGAGCGGCCCGUCCCUAAACGUGGUGCGCAAGUCAGGAGCAGAAGAAGACGAAGUGGCGUUGGACUUCACUGAUGGUUUGAUUGAGGACGACGGAGAGACUCUUCUGUGCAGGAAACCCAGCCGCCGGAGCAGUAGAUGGAGAAGAAGCACCAGGAGGAAACAGAAGGAGGCAGAGGAGGAGCACGCCCGAGACGAGAGGCCCAGCCUGGGUGCUGGUAGUGCGUUGGACGCCCCCAUCCUGGAGGACAAGAUCAAGAUGGAGCAGGAGAAACUAAAAAAGAUGGAGGAGGAUAAUGAGAAGGCCGGCGUCACGAAGGAGCCUCCUCUGGUUCACUUCAAAGUUCAAGAAUUUUCUGACGACCGGGUUCUGAUCAGAGACAAGAAGCGAGGAAGAGAAGAAGAAGGUGAGGAGGAGAUGAAGAUUACGAAAGAGCAAGAAGAGGGCAUGAAAAUGGUGAAAAGGAAGAAUUAUCGCAAGGCUUUCGACCGAGCACUUCGCCGUGGCUGGGAGGCCUUCAUCACCAACCUGUACAGCGUCACGCUCACACCUGUCACGCCCUCUUCAUCAUCAUCAUCACCUUCACAGAAGAAGAAGGAUCAGCAUAAAGCAGCGCUAGCUGAGUUUCAGUAGAGCUGGAUCGGAUUACGAACAUUUUAAAGUUACUCUUUUUAAACGUGUGAUGAAAUCGGGGCCGAAGCGGUGCUUUAUCUUGUGAUAUUUACGGUGCCUUCACUUCGUGUGACAGAGAAGACCUCAGAAGCAUUCAUUAUUUGUGUUGAAUAUUUGACUAGUGUCGAGUUUGCACACAAACUGCAGAUGUUUAUGCGUCAAACAGCUGUGGCUUUUGUAUCAAAGUUUGUUUUAUUGCAGCUAAAUUCAGCUACAUUGUUAAUUUAUUCAGAAGAAGAGCCGUCUUAGUUCUGUACAUCUGAUCCAUCAUUCCUGUUUCCUUUGGGUUAGCAUAAUGAAACACUCGAAGUGUUGAUGUGUAACCCAGAAAAGGAGCCACGGAUUGAAAGAGAGGCAGUGACUGAUGAAUGGAUUAUUUAUUUUCACAUAUUUAUGAUCAGUACUGUCUUUUAUUGCUGCCUGACAGGUAACUGAGGGUACAAAGAGUGAAAUAGUCAUGCAACCCUGCCCUAAAGUCAGUAUUAAGUCUAAUUUUAACCCAUAUUACUCCAAAUAUUCUGUAUUUAUUAUGCUUAUAAUUAUAGAUAGAAAUGUCUAAUUUUA